UGAAGAGUUUCGUUGCAAAACGCGAUAAACGCCAUUUUUUGACAUUUGGAUUUUAUUAUUGGAAAUCAUUGUUCAGAUGUACCUUAAUCUAUGUGUGAAUUGCUGCCAUUAAUAAGAUUUAAAAAUGUACAUUUUAAGCCUACUACAAAAUGUAUUUUUUUCACAAAACGCGAUAUCCGCCAGCCCAGUUUCUUUACAAAGUGCGAUAUAACGGUUAGGCUAUAGAACGUUCAGGAUGCUGCGCGAGCUCAGGAUGUCACGCGAGGAGAGAGUCACCGCCGGUGAAGUGCUCCGAGUUUGCUCAGUGAUUUAACGAUAAUAUCAAAACAAAAAAACAUAUGUUUUUAAAAAGAGGAUUCAAUAGGCUAACUAAAAAACGUUUACCAUUUUAUUGUUUAUAAGGCGAGCUGUCAGUAACGUAGGCUACGUCACUGAUCAACAGCUGUCUGUCAGUCAGAGAAUCAAAGCUUCAGAGUCAAGCUAACGUUAUGGAUUUCGAUGACGGAUUGGAGCCGGUCAUUCCAGCUGCUGUUGGGAGAAAGAGGAAGGCAUCUAUAGAAAAUCAUCAAAGGGGGGAGACCAAACGGGCAAGGCAUUCAGGGGAGGGAAAACAUCCAAAGAUUAAUUGUGGUCAUCGUGCGACUGCGAGUAGGCCUAAUGUUGGUAUGUGUCAUGCCGACAAACUGUCAGAUGAAGAUGUAGCCUUCAACUUCACAAAAAUGUAUAAAAACGCUACAAAAGUGGACCAGGAUAAAAUACUCCUGCGUCUGUCAACAAUAAGCAAAUGCAGCAGGGUACGAGUCUCCGCUGAUGUCAAGAAGAAAGCCAGGGAGGUUACAGUGAAAUACUGCCUUUUGUCCUGCGCUCCUCCCCAUCACAAGAUACCUGUCUGCAAGGCUACAUUUCUAAGUGUCCUUGGUGUUAGUAAAGACAGAGUCUCCAGAGUGGUGAAAUACUUCAGUCAACAUGGUGAAGCCAGACCAGAGUGCAGGGGUGGAACCAGAAAUGUUGAUGAGAAGAUGGAGAACAGGCAGGCAGUAGUUCAGCAUGUGUCCUCAUUCAUGUGCAAGGCCAGCCACUACGCUCGUCGUGGUGCACCUGGACGGAAGUACCUCCCAAGUGACAUGUCAGUAACCAAAAUGCACCGGCUGUUCCAGGAGCAGAACCACAGGGACAUCAGCUACUCCCUGUAUUACAAUGUUUUCUGCACCUCAUUCAACUUGGGAUUUGGGCAUCCAGCAAAGGACUGCUGUGCCACCUGUAUGAGCUCGAGACUCCGUAUGAAAGAUCCUCACCUUACUGAGGAAGAGAGGAAGGCAGAGAUCGUGUCUGUCAUGCUCCACCGACGCAGAGCCCGGGUGUUCUACACAUUGCUAAAUGCAGUGGAGGACACAGUUACUGUCUGCUUUGACAUGAUGCAGAACCUCUCUCUGCCCAAGUCUCCCAUUGGCCAGACCUACUACUCUAGGCAGCUUUACAUGUAUGUGUUUGGUGUUGUGGUCCACCAUGGAGAGAGGAGUCUGCAGGCACUGAGUGACUGUCAUCUCUACGUGUGGCUUGAAAAUCAAAAUAGAAAAGACAGCAACAUGACCGCCUCUGCCCUGGACCACUGCCUGAGAACCAGUUUAGCCGAAGAUGUCCAACAGGCUGGCCAUUUGAGGCUCUUCAGCGAUUCCUGCUAUGGACAGAACAAGAACAGUACAAUGGUGGGAAUGCUGUCCAGCCUACGAAGCACUAUCUUUAAAGAUGUGAAAAUGGAGUGCUUCUUCCCUGUCCGUGGCCAUAGUUUUCUCCCUGUUGACAGAGUUUUUGGAAGAAUUGAGCAGGAUAUUCGUAAGCAGGACACCAUCCUCCUGCCAGACAAAUACACCAACAUCCUGAAGAAGCAUGGCUCUGUGUAUGUGUACGGGAAGGACUGGGAGAGCUUUGACCACAAAGCUGCAGCCAAGGCUCUCAUACAGUCCACGCGGUCUUACAAGAUCAGCGAAGCCCGGGUGCUGGAGAUCGAUGGCAAAGGGUUGGGGGUGAGAACCACCUUCAGCGGUCCCACCUACCAGCACACUCUCCUGAAGAGAGGCAACAACUGGGGCCAGUAUAAAGCAGAUCCCCUGCCCAUGAUGACCACAGUGAAGGCUGUGAAGAAGAAGGACAUCAUCAGCCUGCUUAAAGCCAUUGGUGCCCCAGCAAACGUCGAGGCCUUCUACAAUCACGCUUUGGCUGUGACCAGUGAUGUCCACAGGGGGGAAGAGUAG